AUGCAGGAAGAAUAUACUGCUCUUAUUCGUAAUGAUACAUUGGAGUAUAAAGCUCGUCUUGUAGGUGAUGGUAGUUCUCAACCGGUUGGUGUGGAUUGGCGUGAGACAUUUGGUUCGGUUGUCAAACUGGCUACGAUACAAGUUGUUUUAAGCCUAGCCUCAUCUAGGUCUUGGUCUACUCAUCAGUUAGAUGACAUUGCUUUUUUGUUGCUAUAUGUUGAUGACAUUGUGUUGACUGCUUCAUCUGACUCUCUCUGCCAGCAUAUCAUAUCUCUUCUGUCUUCUGAGUUUGCUAUGAAGGAUCUGGGCCUUCUUCAUUAUUUUUUGGGUAUAAAAGUUACUCGUACUACUGAUGGUUUGUUCUUGUCUCUGGGUAAGUAUGCUACUGAUAUAAUUGAGCGGGCUGGUAUGUCAUCGUGUAAGCCUUCUCACACCCCGGUGGAUACUGCUCACAAACUUGACAUCUGUUCUAGCUCUCCCGUUUCUGAUCCGACUCUAUAUCGAUGUCUUGUUGGAGCUCUUCAGUAUUUGACAUUCACUCGUCAGGAUAUAUUUUAUGCUGUGCAACAAAUCUGUCUUCAUAUGCAUGAUCCUCGUAAAUAUCAUUUCCAUGUUUUGAAGCGUAUUAUUCGAUAUGUUCAGGGUACUAUACAGUUGGGUCUUCAUCUUAUCGCUACUGUGUCAUCAUCCUUAGUGUGGAUUACUGAUGUGGAUUGGGCUGGUUGUCCUGAUACUAGACGGUCCACGUCUGGAUAUUGUGUGUAUCUUGGUGAUAACUUGAUUUCAUGGUCCGCAAAGAGACCAUCUACUGUUUCUCGUUUUAGCACGGAGGCUGAGUAUCGGGAUGUUGCCAAUGUGGUUGCCGAGACUUGUUGGCUUCGUAAUCUUCUUCUCGAGCUUCACAGUCAUAUUCCUAAAGCGACCUUGGUCUAUUGUGAUAAUGUUAAUGCUAUUUAUCUUUCGGGAAAUCCUAUCCAACACUAG